UAAACAUACCUUUAUGUAUUAACAACAACUUAAUCAAUCACUAAAGGCCAAACAACUGCACAGGCAUCAUCACAACCCAACCGAUUUAACCUCAUAGAUCCCAAUACUAUCGGUUUUCUUUUUGUUUCUAAGCAAAUUUGGUUACCAUUUUUUUUUUUAAUUUUUAAUUUUAAACUUCCAUAAGGAUCUGAUAGACCUAUAGUUAACCAUGGACAAAUUAAACACGUUCCAAUCCAACAGUCCCAAGGGACUUUUCACAUUAGCCAAGCGAUUGAAUGAGCUGAAAUUUUUUCAAUUAUUUCUCAGUGAACCUCAAUCCAAAAUCAUAAACUAUAUACUAAACCUUGAUAAUUUGGAAAUCUGGACAAAUUUUCUCGAAGGAAACUGUUAUAUUUCCUAUUUAGAGAGCGAAAAUAGUAAAGAGAAGACUAUAAGCAACGAGCCAGAAGAGCCCGAGACUUUGUUUGAACAAGGUAUUUCCACGAGCAAAAUGUUGGCAUUCCAUAUCAGGUACUUGCUAUGGGAGAAAGCAGUUGAUUUUUAUUAUAGCUCAAAAGAGCUUUCGGAAUCAGACAAGAAUCUAGAGGAAGUGACUGAUGAUUAUGAGUUGAUUGAUUCACUUGACAGUCUUUCUGAUGACGAGGAACAACUGAAAGCCGGGAAACAACAGGAAAAAAUCGAAAAGCCUGUCAUACGAGCAAUAGAAGACGAUUAUGACGAUGAUUAUGAUGAUGAUGAAGAAGAAGAGCCAGCUAAGCCAGAAGUGGUUGAAGUUGAGAAACCGGAAAAAUCCAGCCUUGAAUACAAUUCUGAAAACCAGCUUGUUUUAGAAAUCCCAAAGUCUGUUCUUAUAUCCACUUCCAAAUCUGAAUCUACCACUAAUAACAUGGAACAAGUUGCGUCAAGUCAAAAAUUGGAGAAUGGUGAAGAAGUAACCUCGAGGGAAGAUCAAGAGAAAAUCAUCAAGGAAUUCAAUAAAGUGUAUCAUAAUUUUGAAUAUGACAGGGAAACAUUAUUAAAAAGGAGAAAAUUAGAACAAUCUGACUUACAAUUGGCUCACUCGAAGGAAACACCCGCUGAUAAGAAACAAAACGAGUCAAAACAUGUAGAAAUCAAUUUAGGAGCUGCAUCUACAUCUUUGCAACAUUUACUUUCUCGAAUUCAGAUGAAGCGUGACGAAAUUUCCUUGAAUGAUCAUGAUUUAAGAAAUUUGUUUAUGGAUGUUCGUAAAAAUCGAGGCAAAUGGGCCAAUGAUGAUCGAAUCGGCCAAGAGGAAUUGUAUGAAGCUUGCGAGAAGGUAGUUGUAGAAUUGAGAGGAUAUACAGAGCACUCUACUCCGUUCUUGAACAAAGUUUCCAAAAGAGAAGCACCCAAUUAUGGUCUUAUCAUUAAAAAACCCAUGGAUUUGAAUACCGUUAUGAAGAAACUUAAGAAUUUGUCAUAUAAUUCUAAGCAAGAGUUUGUUGACGAUCUUAUGUUGAUUUGGAAUAAUUGCUUAACUUAUAAUGCUGAUCCUAAGCAUUUUAUUAGAGCCCAUGCUAUUGCCAUGCAAAAGAAAACCGCCAAGUUGGUACCAACAAUUCCAGAUAUCACUAUUAGAAGUAGAGCAGAAGUGGAAAAAGAAGAAGAGAAUGAUAUUGAAAAGAAAGACGAAAGACACACCGGUGGGAAAGCCAUGAAGAAGGGAAGGAAGAGAACCAGAUUGGAUGAGAUUAAAACUGAAGUUGAAAUACCAGGCACUGCAACCCCCUCAGCUGCUGGAACACCUAUUUCCAUGGACUCUUAUGACAAUGGAGCAGGAUCUGAAACUCCCAUGCCUGAAAAUGGUGACAUGGAAAAUGAUGAAGAGGAGGAAGAGGAAGAAGAGAAUGAUAAUAUUAAUGGAGGAAAUGGAAAUAUUUCUGAAGAGGAAGAAGAGUUUGAUCCCGAGUUGCAGGCAUGGAGGUUAUUAACUGCCAAGUCCCGAGCUAAUUAUUGUGCUCAACGAGCAGAGUUAUUUGAUGACAAUUACCAUCUUCGACCAGAUGCCAAGGCAAUCAUUAGACAAUCCAAUGAAAUGGCCAAUUUCAAUCAAUAUUUGACCAAUAAAGAAGUUGUUUCAAAAUCAAGUAACUUGUUAGAAAACGACGAACCAUAUUUACUUGAAUAUGAUAUAAUGGGUGGAGUUCCAGGAUUUAAAUACAAAGGUGUUGAUAAAGAGGAAGAAGACAAACAAGAAGAAUAUUUGGUUGAUCAGUUUUUAAGACAAUCAAAUGGAGAUGCUUCUAAAAUCAAGUCGGACUUUGUUUUACCUGUUGAUACUGGAUUGAAUCAAAUCUAUCGUGAAAAUAUUGGCUACAUGCAAGAAAUUAGAAAGAUAUGUUUCAAGAUAUCUCUUAUCAGACAAAUGCAAACUCAACAGUUUGUUCACCAUACACAAAUGAAGCAACCAGAAAUUGAUGCCUUGAAAGAAGUAGACCUUGAUCCUAUUUCUAAAUUACCGAAUCACGAUCCGUUCAAUAAAGAAGUACAAUAUUCAGUAUUAAGAAGAAAUAUUGGGAAAAUUGCCAUGCAAACAGGAUUUGAAGCAACUGAACCCUUUGCGAUCAACACCUUAACUCAGGUUGCCGAAAAAUAUCUUGGCAAUUUGAUCAAAUCAAUUAAACUUCAUACCGAGUCAAAUUCUGAAAACAAGCUAACUACCCGGGAAAUCUUGCUUUUGUCACUUUUGGAAAAUGGGGUUGAUAAACCUGACGACCUCCACACAUUUAUACAGGAAAGAGUAAUGAAGCAACAGGAUAAGUUAAAGGAUUUGCGAGUCAAGCUUUCUAAUUUCUUGAAGGACUUGCUUAGACCCGGUUUGGAAAACUUUAACGAAAAGAGUUUUGAUGAUAAUAGUGAACAGUUUAUGACGGGUGACUUCUCUAAUGAUUUGGGAGACGAUUUCUUUGGAUUCAAGGAAUUGGGGUUGGACAAGGAAUUCAACAUGUUGAGUUCAUCCAUUCCUAUAUAUUUGCUUCAUUCAAGAUUACACAAUCAAUUUAGUAGUACUGGUGGUCCAAAUAAGAGGAACAAGUAUGAAGAUUUGAAAGAGUUUGAACCGGCCAGACUUACUGCUAGUGAUGUUUCGAGUCAAAUCGGUAUUUUGAUCCCAUUCUAUACUAAAUUGAGUGAGAAAUCCAAAGCUCAUUUUGUUAAGAUGCAAAAGAAGAAGAACGAGCCUACCGAUUUGCCCGAAGACAGCUUGUUGAUACUCAUUGAAGAUGAGGAAUUACCCCAGAAACAAAGAAACAUCAGACCAAGAUUACCUCCAACAGGUAAAAUCACUUCGAUUAAGAAGAAAAUCAUUGCAAAUUCAUUUUUCCUUCCUGAAGAAACCGAUCUGCAACAACAACCGGAUAACGCCAACAUGUCUACUGAUGAAGAUUUAUCCACCACGGUAGGUUCCCCCAAGAAAAGCGAGGAGCCAAACACAUUCAGCACUUCUCCCUUAAAGUCUGAAAUCAAAUCUGAAGCGUAAACUAUGUAAAAUUUAUGUAUUAUAACUACAAACAUAUAUACUAACCUGC